UGGUGAAGUACCAAGACGGCCCGUGCGGCAAAGUUGUUGUGGGGCUGUCAUUUUUCGCAGCAUAUUUCAACAGGAGGUCGUGUUGGAUGCUAUUUAUAUAAAAAUGGACUCAGUUUUGACAAAUACUGAAGUUCGACUAACGGUGGCCCAGUGCUUCCGCACACUCUCAACAUCCACGGAUUGUACAGACAUUAUCAGCGCUCUUCAGACUUUCCAUUCUUAUUUGAAUGAAGGACCGGAGAGCAAAAAAACUUCAGCUGAGCAGGCAGAAUUCAGGAGAGCUCACUACAGUCGUACUCUUCAGUUUCUUGUCAGCAACAUCCAGGCUGACUGGUUGCACAGCCUUUCAGCUGCACACCGCAUAAAGUUAUGGGACGGGCUGUUCCUCAGAGGCCCUCCAGAGCAAGCAUUGUUGGUGCUGAUGGAGGCAAUAGGACAACUGAAACCCUCCACAAGCCUCAACCACCUUGUCAGCAUCAUUGAGAAGUUCCUUCAAAGUGGUCGUCUCGCUGACCUGCUGUGGUCCUACUGUCUGCAGACAGCUCCCUCAGACUCCCCUCAGUUUAGAGAGACUUUAGUGGGUCGUAUAAUUGCGCUGCCAGACAUCACAGCCAACAAAUUACAUCCAAACAACAGACCCCUUUUUCUUCCUCAGGAGUACUACCCACUGCUAGCAAAAGACAUGGUCAUUGCUCUGGAGAGGACCUGUCAGGCACUCAGAGAUGGGACAGACUGUUCUUUGACUUUUGUGGCUCAAACGCUCGGAAAAGUGUGUAUCCAUGGUCACAGUGUCUCGGUCCUUGCAGUGAUGGCUCCUCGGCUGUCUUUGUGCACUCGCUCAGACAUGGUGUGGCAGAGGGUCUGCUGGAAGCUGAUGGAGAACGUUCCUCAGGGAUGGAUGGAAAGUGUUCUCAAUGGACUUGUCCAGGCUGUCAGUGGGCCUGAUGCUUUGGGGAGGAUCAUUGGAAAUCUAGUGUUAACAAAUAAAAAAGCUCAGUUUGUCAUGACCCACAAACUUCUCUUACUGCAAUAUAAAUACAAGACCCAAGUCUUGAGAACUAUUUUGGGCUACCUGGCUGCAGACAAAGAUCGAAGGCCACUUCUCAUGCAGGUUUUACGGUCUGUAUUGCAGGCCUGGGCAAACCCCAGUGCAGUGAAGCACACCCCUUUAGAGCAACAGCUCUACGUGAGCAAAGCUUUACUGUUGAGUGUGAGUCUGCUGAAGGACUCUGAGCUACAGGAACUUCGCUCAGAGCUACUUCAGUGUAUGCUGAGUGGUAUGCAGAGCCAUCUGGACAGCAGUGUGGUGCGUAUCAGAAAUAUGGGCAUGGUGGUAGGAGAGUGCCUGAGUUCCCGCAUGGAUAUCAAUGGAGCCAAGCUCAAAUUUGAGUACAAUCAGGAUGAAGAAACUCAUGAGCUCCUUUCUCUUAUGAAUCCCAGCACAUGUGAUGAGCCAGAUUCCGAGCCUGAGCCUGUGAAUGGACUUCAUUCUUCUGAGACCAAUGAAGCGGUACCACCCACGCAGAAUGUGUUAUCACAAAACAAAUCAGGAUCUCAGCCAUCAAAAUCGAAUGCAGACUCAGACCUUGACAGUGAUGAUGAGCUCACCCCGUAUGAUAUGUCUGGAGAUCAGGAGAUGAGUCAGGCAUCCUCUCCUCGCUACCUCCGGGACUGUCUGGAAACUUUAAUAUCUUCUGAGGAUCCAGAGCGUUUGGAGCUUAGUUUGAGAGUUGCUGAGAGUUUGGUACGGAAGAAUGUCUUUGCAGCAAGGGAGAUCAGUGUCCAGAUGACCAAAGUGCUUCUUCACAUGGAAGAUAAACACAGCAUUAAUGGCUUUCUUGGUCUCAGACAGGCAACUAUGGUGGCUCUCACUGUCACUGACACUAUUCCUGUUACUCAGUAUUUGACAACAGAAUUUUACUCCUUGAACUACAGUCUCCGCCAGCGGCUUGACAUGUUGGAGGUCCUUGCUUUGGCAGCUCAGGAGCUCUCUAAACCAAACACUGACAAAAUAGCUCCAUCCACUGGCACUGCUACCACCACUGAGCUCGCUUCAUACCCAGGUGACAACCCUGUUCACUGGCAACAAGUAGUAGAAAAGCGGAUUCAAAGCAAGACUAGACGCAUCUCUAAGGGUGCCACGCAACCUGCAUCUAAGGCCUCCCCGAACCGUUUUGCCCCUGUAGCUGGAUAUUUCUUCUUUCCUCUACUCAGGAAUUAUGACAAGCCCCAGGUGACCUUUGACUUACUGGGGAGUGACCACCUGGUCCUGGGCAGGUUGAUCCACACUCUGGGCCUCUUUAUGCACCUGGCAGCCAAUGCACCGAUAGCUGCACAGAUGGGUUGUGCUUUGCUUGACUUUGUGUGGGCAGUUCGGUAUCAUGUUGACCAGAUGGUGAGACGAGGCAUCCUCUUUGCUGUCUGUUCUGUAUUUCUGAGCAUGCCCAGUCAAAACCUACUGGUGGACCUUGGUGAUCAGCUGUUUGAGACUAGAACAUGGCUUGCAGAUGUCGCUGAAGGAGACACUGAUGGAGAUUGCCGGAGUUUAGCCGUGCAGAGUUUGGUGCUGCUGGAUAAGAGCUUAAAAAAGCAGCUACAAGAUUCACAAGCACUGAAUCCGGAGUCGUGAUCAUAACAUCAACAGUGAGAAACUUAAAUUCCAAACGUAAGGAAAAAUACACGUGAAGAGAAGGACUUGUACUUCCACCCACUCACCUGUCCUUGCCGAGACUGGAGUACAAUGGUUGGUGGAAAUUGUGUCCCAGAUGUUUACUGGCACAGGGCGCCAGCCUGCCGGAUAUGGAUGAUCCCGAUGAUCUGCUGAAGGAUGUCCUUUUAGCUCAAAGGCUACUAUUGCAGGUGUUUCACUAUUAUUCCUUUUUCUUUUUCUUUUUUACAUCCCGGAACAUUCAGCCAAACCAAGGGGAAAAAAGAACACAUUUUGGAUGACUGUACAAAUACAAACAUUAUACAUAUAAAUCUGUAUAAUGGAUUUGGAUAGUGUAAAAUUCCUGGACCAUAUGAAACAUGGACCGGAUUGAACAGUUAGUUCCAACUUUUGUCCUUGUCACGUCAUUGUUGUAUUAAAAUCUUGUAUUGUGAGGAUGUCCCUUUCAGUGUCUUUCCUGUACAAGUACUACUCUCUGCACUGAGUCUGUUGCCACAGGACAUCCUGUGAAUAUUCCUGUGCAUACAUACAUGUGCAAAUAAUGGAAAUACUACUACUACUUCCUGUGGUCACUGUCAGUAGAAUGUAUGUUCAUCUUUGUGUUCUGAAACAAUGAAGCUUUUAAAUAUAUGGUUUGCACAGAUUUAACCAUUAAAAUCUGCUUUU